AUGAACUCUUCCACAGAUACACCAUCCAAGAUGGAAGGAUUACGAGAGCGAAAUACUCAACAGAACGCUGGGAAAGAUGUUUCCUCGCAGAAUGACCAGAAUACGACAUCCGCUGACUUAGAUACCGAGAAGCCACAAAAGACCUUUGGCAGGACGCCAGAUGGAACCAUUUUCACCGUCCCCCAGACCCAUGAUAUGGUCUCGCAGCUACUCGACCCCCGCCAACCCAAGAACCUCUCCGAUGUUAUUGUACUUGCCGUACUCGCCUUGCACGUCUUUGCCCUGUACCUUCUACCCAGCUCGUUGAAACGUCCUGUUUUUGCUGCCAUAUUCCUUUUCUGGAGAGCUUGCUACAAUGUUGGGAUCGGGUGGCUUCUUCAUAUACAGUCGAACCACAAAAGACAAAUUGCUUGGGCUAAGAAGUGGAAUUUGUUCGAGAACCCUAGUACCGGCAAGAACCCACGGCCGUGGUUAUACAAUCUCAUCAAGCGUGAAUUGGAGACCAAAAUACCAGAAGACUACAAAUUUGAAGAUGCGCCCAUUGAGUAUAACACCUGGCUAGUUUUUCGCAGAGUCGUGGAUCUGAUUUUGAUGUGCGACUUUGUGUCAUAUUGUCUUUUUGCUAUCGCUUGCGGAGGCCGUCCGGUUGGGGAGGGUCUCGGCCUAUCCAUCGCUCGUUGGGUCAUUGGCAUCAUUCUUGUUGUUUUCAAUCUCUGGGUUAAGCUAGAUGCGCAUCGUGUAGUCAAGGACUAUGCUUGGUACUGGGGAGAUUUCUUCUACUUGAUUGACCAAGAAUUGACAUUUGACGGAGUGUUUGAGAUGGCCCCUCAUCCUAUGUAUUCGGUUGGCUACGCUGGUUAUUACGGAAUCUCGUUGAUGGCUGCAAGUUACAAUGUCCUAUUCAUUUCGAUCAUUGCACACGCUUCACAAUUCGCAUUUCUCGUAUAUGUUGAGAACCCUCACAUCGAGAAGACCUACAAUCCUCCACCACCCCGAAAGCGAGAAGAACACCCAAGCCCAAGCGACACCCAGAACGGCAGUUCCUCCUCGCAUACUCCUAGGGAGGGAGUCGAUGAUCAUGACAUGAGUGAUCUCGCAUCUCGUGCCCAUGCAACUCCAGCAAAGCCUAUCGCGACACACAACAUGAUUGGCAACAUCGAUCUUUUCAGAAUCACCGACCUGUCAGUAAUUUUACUCCAAGGAUACAUAUUGUUAAUCACGCUAUGGACUCCCAAUACACGUUUCUUCCAAGCUGUUUUCGUCCUAAACGCACUCGCUUGGCGUAUAUGGUACACUGCCGGCCUAGGACUAAUACUCCAUGGCCAGUCCAACAAGAAAAUGUGGACGAGACAUUUCGUAAAAUAUGGUGAAAGUACCGACGAAGCCUGGAGACAAUGGAAAGGAAUGUACCACUUAAGUAUGACUAUGUGUUACGCCAGUUUCGUUGCCGCUGUCUGGAAAUUGUACUCCUUUCCACCGGACUGGGGAUAUGGUCUUGUGCUCCUGAAACACGUUAUUGGUACUGGACUUGUGGCCCUCCAAAUAUGGACGUCUGUCAGCAUUUACGAAUCUCUAGGCGAAUUUGGCUGGUUCUUUGGGGAUUUCUUUUUCGAUCAAGCACCCAAAUUAACUUACAGUGGUAUUUACCGCUACCUUAACAACCCCGAGCGAUUUAUUGGACUUGCUGGUAUUUGGGGAGCAGUGUUCAUCACGUGGAGCAAAGCUGUCUUUUUCCUCGCGCUCAUCAGUCAUCUCAUGACCCUUGGAUUUAUCCAAUUCGUUGAGAAGCCUCAUAUGCAAAAGCUUUACGGACGGGCUCUCCGAUCAGAAGCAGGACUUACCAAAAGCAUACGGCGGUCACUUCCACCUCCACUCAAGAAAUGGCAAGGCAGCGUUGACAAGGUUCUGGGUGAUACAAGCAAUUUCGUGGAAGAGUUCCUCGAUGCUGCUCGUCCUAAAUUUGCAGCUGGCGUCUCUAUGAUCGUUCGUGAUACCACAGCACUGUUCAGUCAAUACCCAGCACGCCUGACUCUGACGCGUCUCGCACCAGAUCUUGCCGGGUUUGAUCCUAGGGACUAUUCGAUCGUUAUCCAAGACACAGAUUCCUCUGCACUUUCCAUUAAUGAUCGAGCAACUGGAAAAGAAGGCCAAUACGGACGACUGCCUCAAGAACGUACUGAUGAAUACAAACCACUCGUCUUCGAGUAUGGCGCCCCAAUCAAGGUCAAGUGGACCGCUCCAGUAAACCACAGCAAUAAAGACUGGGUCGGGUUGUACAUGAUCGCUGACAAUGCUUCUCGUGAUGUUACCAAAGUAUCUUCAGCAGGCCGUUGGGUAGCGACUGUUCCCAACGAGUAUGAGAGCUCGCCAGCAGACCAAGGAAUCUUGGUGUACAACCAACUCGUCUCCGGAUCUGGUCGAAAAGAUGGUUCAAAGAGAGAUUAUGUCCAAGGAGAAAUGGUAUUCGAGGGUGACAAGCUGUGGUGGACACAUGGCGUCUUUGAGUUCCGUUACCAUCACGAUGGAAAACAUAACGUGAUGGCUAUCUCUCUUCCAUUCGAGGUCAAAAUUAGCCGCUUCGACGAGGAAGAUGUUGACGUUGAUUCCAAUGGUCUCAUUCGUACUGCCGUUCAGAACGCGCUUCUGCCCGUUGUCCGGAACUGUUUUGACCGUGAUCCAGAGAUUGCCCCAAACACUGUGGACGAGAGCUUCGGCAGCUUGGUUGAGCGCGAUGGCAAGUACGCCAAACGCGUCGUUUUCGCCGUCCACCAGAUGUUCGGUAUUGAGUUCGCUCCAGGGGUAGUACUCGCCGAUGGGAAUGUCAAGAAUUUGGCAUGGAGAAUUUGCAACGCGAAGCAGGUCUUGGCACCAUAUAGCAUGUCCCACUCCAGAGGUACAACAACACCUACAGGUAGUCAAUCACCUGUGAAGGAUACGUUUUAG